GUUUAAUCGAUCUAGUCACUUCCUCAGGUUUAACCGAUCUAGUCACUUCCUCAGGUUUAACCGAUCUAGUCACUUCCUCAUGUUUAACCGAUCUAGUCACUUCCUCAGGUUUAAUCGAUCUAGUCACUUCCUCAGGUUUAACCGAUCUAGUCACUUCCUCGGGUUUAAUCGAUCUAGUCACUUCCUCAGGUUUAACCGAUCUAGUCACUUAUUCAGGUUUAACCGAUCUAGUCACUUCCUCAGGUUUAACCGAUCUAGUCACUUCCUCAGGUUUAACCGAUAUAGUCACUUCCUCAGGUUUAACCGAUCUAGUCACUUCCUCAGGUUUAACCGAUCUAGUCACUUAUUCAGGUUUAACCGAUCUAGUCACUUCCUCAGGUUUAACCGAUAA